AUGCCUCGCGCCAUGUGCGCGUUCUGCGACCGGCCCUGCUCGGUGUGCCUGUGCGCGGAGUUGCCGCAGCGGGAGGAGGGCCUGCUGCGGUGCCCCAUGCGGGUGGUGCUCCUGCAGCACCCGCAGGAGAGACGUCAGAAGCACCAGAGCGACCUGUUCCUGCUGAGGACGCUCUCCGACGUCAGCGUCGUGGUGGGCAGGAGAGGAGAGAGUGGAGCUGGACCUCUCCAGGGCUGUGCUGCUGUGGCCCGCGGACGACGCCAUCCAAGACCUGCGGAACCUCUGGGAGCCCGGUGCCAGCCCGGAGACCUCCUCGCCCAUGCCGCGCUUGAGAUUCGACACGAUCGUCGCUCUGGACGCCACGUGGCAGUACGCCCGGGAAAUGUCGAGAGGCUGCGCGGUCUGGCGGACUCGCCUCUUUGCAGAAGGUCAGUGGCGCACGCGCGGUGCAGCUCACCGGCCAGACGGGGAGAGAUCUGCCCAGGCCGGGGUUCCUGGUGCGCAAGCCCGAGCGCCUGCCAGGGGACGUUCAAGGCUACUGCACCGCCGAGGCGGUGGCGCUGUUCUUGGACCAGGUGGAGAGCUCAGGGCCCCAAGCGGCGCCACCUCCGCCGCACGGCAGACAGCCUGAGCAGGACUGACACCAGCUCAAUCAUGCGUAAGCUGCGUAUUCAGGAGCCCUUGGUCUGCGCUGGAGGGCCUGGAUGCGACGAGUCUGCGGAGCAAACAGUACUACCGCCUCUGUCACCAGGCUCGGUCGGCACCUACAAGGGCGGGCGUUUCUACGAGGCGGUCAUGAGGCCCCUGCGCCUGUACGUGAGGCUGCAGCUCGGGCACGCCCAGCAGGUGCGGCACCGUGUCGACAGGCCGGGGUACGACCCGGGGAUGAUCGCCGACUUCGCGGCCGGGGGGCGCCCUGGCCAGGCGGGCAGCCCCGACGGCGGGUGA